AGUUGGUAUGUGAUAAGCAGCCCUAGCAGUGCCAUGUAUUGGAAAAGCGAUCAGAUGUUUGUGUGUAAACUAGAAGAAAAGGACGUGCCGGAGCUGGCAGUUCCCCCUAAGAAGUGCCCGGGGCUCAUGUCGGAGGAGUGCGGGCGGAUUGCAGCCCUGGCGGCCGGGAGGACUCGGAAAGGCGCCGGGGAAGAGGGACUGGUGAGCCCCCAGGGAGCGGGGGACGAGGACUCGUGCUCCUCCUCGGCCCCGCUGUCCCCGUCGUCCUCGCCCCGGUCCAUGGCCUCGGGCUCUGUCUGCCCCCCUGGCAAGUGUGUGUGCAACAGCUGCGGCCUGGAGAUCGUGGACAAGUACCUUCUCAAGGUGAAUGACCUGUGCUGGCAUGUUCGGUGUCUCUCCUGCAGUGUCUGCAGGACCUCCUUAGGAAGGCAUACCAGCUGUUAUAUUAAAGACAAAGACAUUUUCUGCAAACUUGAUUAUUUCAGAAGGUAUGGAACUCGCUGCUCUCGUUGUGGGAGGCACAUCCAUUCUACUGACUGGGUCCGGAGGGCCAAGGGGAAUGUCUAUCACUUGGCAUGCUUUGCCUGCUUUUCUUGCAAGAGGCAGCUUUCCACAGGAGAGGAGUUUGCUUUGGUGGAAGAGAAAGUCCUCUGCAGAGUGCAUUAUGACUGUAUGCUGGAUAAUUUGAAAAGAGAAGUGGAAAAUGGUAAUGGGAUUAGUGUUGAAGGUGCCCUCCUCACAGAGCAAGAUGUUAAUCAUCCAAAACCAGCAAAAAGAGCUCGGACCAGCUUUACAGCAGAUCAGCUCCAGGUAAUGCAAGCACAAUUUGCUCAGGACAACAACCCAGAUGCACAGACUCUCCAGAAACUGGCAGAAAGGACAGGCUUGAGCAGACGUGUGAUACAGGUGUGGUUUCAGAAUUGUAGAGCACGCCACAAGAAACACGUCAGUCCUAAUCACUCCUCCUCGGCCCCAGUCACAGCAGUCCCACCCUCCCGGCUGUCUCCACCCAUGUUAGAAGAAAUGGCUUAUUCUGCCUAUGUGCCCCAAGAUGGGACGAUGCUAACUGCGCUGCAUAGUUACAUGGAUGCUCAUUCACCAACAACUCUUGGACUCCAGCCCUUGUUACCCCAUUCAAUGACACAACUGCCAAUAAGUCAUACCUAA